CAGGCGUUGUGCCUGGGCGGGAGCCGCCGCGAGGGCAUGGCAUAUCUCUCCCCCUCCACUCUCUCUGCCCCUCCCUCCUUUUGUCCCUCCCCCGCCUCCUUUUUCCCUCCUCCCCGGCAUCACAGGCCGCGCAGAGAUCCGCCCCACCAUGAACUACGACGACAACAUCGACGACGACGGGUCCGAUCUGGACGACUUCUACCCCGAUCAGACGGAUGUCAUUGACUCUUCCGCCAUUCGCAUGCCCUUCGACUUCUCGGCGGCGGCGGCACGCGCCCGCGAGGACUUCUCCCGCUUCUCGGACUCGGCCCAAGCCCCGGCCCCGGUCCCGGUCCCCCAGCCCAAGCAGCGCCAGGCUCCGGCCCCGGCUCCGGUCCCGGCCCCGGCUGGACCCGCUCGCGGUGGCCUGCCCGCACGGCCCAUGCAUCCGGGUGCCACCCCGGGGGUCCGGCCUCCUCCGGCGGCCCACUUCCCCGGCGGCUCUCCGCCGAUGGGGCACCACCAGCACCCGGGUGCCAUUCCCUCGGCCAGGCCGCUGCGCAUGGGCCCGGUUCCGGGGGCCCCGACGGGCGUCGGGACGCCGGUCCGGCCGCCGGUCGCCGGGGCCAUCCCCAUGGCCGGUGACUCGCCUCCCGGCCAGCCAUCCUUCUCGGCGGUGGCGGCCACCUCGGCCCCGCAGCAGCCCACCCGGGUGACGGUGGCCUCGUUGACCUCGCCGGUGGCUGGCGGAGCGAUGUCCGCCCCGGGCCCGGCGCCCACGGCCAAGCCCAGUGCCCACAGCGGCAUCAUCGGUGUGGACCCGGAGUCGGCGCCGCUCCCGGCCCACCUGCGGUCCAUCACCUCGCAGAUGGCCUCCGACACGCCGACCGGCUCGUCCUCCGAGCUGACGGCCCUCGAGUCGCUGGCCGCCUCGUCCAAGCGUGUUCCCCGCUGGCAGCAGCAAAUCCAGCGCCGGAUGCUGACCAACGACGAUCUGCUUCCCUCGCGCCACCGGUACUCCGGCCCGUUGAUGUGUGUCUCGGACAAGGCCUUCCUCACGCGCAUGCAUGUGUCUCUCCUCCAGACCAUGACCCCCUAUGUGGAUGACUACUACUGCCUGAUGUACUCGCAGCGCGAUGAGCCGCAAAAGAAGCCGGCCUCCGGGGCCGACACCCCGGCCGCGGUGGCCGAUGCCGUUCAAAACCCCCCGGCCGCCGAUGCCGCUGGGACUGGCGAGGCAGCGGCCGCUGCCUCGGCUGUUCCGGCCUCCGGCACCAGCGCCGCCGCCUCGGCCACCUCGGUGGCGACCGCCGCGGCCAUGGGUUCCGCUGCGGUCCCCACUUCGCCCAAGCCAUCGGGCGCCCGGCCGCCCAUGGCCACUGCCGAUGGCGAUGCCCCUUCCACCGGUGAGGAGGAGCAGGAGGAUGCCGAGCUGCGGCGCCUGCGUCGCGCGGCCGAGGCCUCCACUCGCCAGCGCGAGCUCUACCGCAACUUCAACCUCUCCCGGGCUACGCCCACCGGCCGCUCCGAGGGUCUCUUCUCAUCCAGUCUCGGCACCACGAUGAAGUUCCGCCGGCCGCCUCAAAUGUAUCCCGGCCUGACGACGCUCCUGCGGUCGGACAGCGCCUCGCAGGAGGCCGCCUCCAGCACUGCCGGCAUUCCGGAGGCCCCGGAUGCCGGCUCCUCACGCAGCCAGCAUCUGCGCAUCCUGCGCGCCAUUGAGGCGGUCUACUCGCGCAUUCUGCGCUACGAGGAUUGGAUGGCCCAUGAGACCUCCGGUGUCCAGCUCACGUCGGACACCAACUUCAAGUCCUCGCCACUGGACAUGGAGAAGCUCCGCCAGGCGGUCUUCAACGAGAUCAUCCUCAACGAGGAGGUCGAGUCCGACCCCGAGUCCAUCCUCUCGCAUGCUCUCUCCUUCCUGAGCUAUGAUAAGGGUGUUCGCGCCAUGCGCCGGGUGAUCCCCCUGCUGGAGCGUGAGCAGCUCCUUGGCUUGCUGCCGGUCAUCGUGCAUGCCUUUGCCUCCUUCGCAUACCUGCAUGACACAUCGGACAAGGCUGUUCGGCCGAACCACCAGUUCUCCGAAUAUGUGGUCACUCCCCUGUCGCUGCUGCUGCUCGAUCUCCAGACCGACGAGCUGAUUGUCUUCCUUCACUCCUUCCUGGUCCUGGUGAACGAGCGCAUUCUCUACUCGGCUCUGUCGGGGCUGAGUGGCAUCACCCUGAUCAACCACUUGCUCUUGCGGAUUGCCAUUCUCCACCGCUCCGGCCAGUUCCACUACAACGAUGACAAUGGUCGCAUCCUUGCCGCCCUCGCGACUCGUCUCCUGGCCACCAUCCGCGGACAGAUGAGCGCCUUCUAUGCCCACCACUCGUCUCUCAAUGGCGAGCCCGGCCGCCGGGCGGUGUGGCAUCUGCUUGUCUGUCUGGCGCACUCGGUCCCGGAUGACGAGUCGACCCGGGCCCUGCUUAGUGAUGAUGGCGACCCGAUGAAGGGCCCCUCGCCGGCUAUUGCCGUGUCAGAUGAGAUGCUCAAGCAGGCCAUCGCCGAGAUGUGCACCGUUCUCAGUGCCGGGCAAGUCCCCUCGGAUGAGAUUAAGCUCUUCUUCCUGGUGUGCGGCGUGCCGAAUCCCGAGGAUCUGGCCAUCGCCACCAUGUCGGCUGAGCAUGCGGCCGCCGCUGCCCGGGCCGCUGCCCAGCCGGCGCAAGUUUAAUGUGCCCUUCAUUGUUCCUUGCUUCUGGAGUCGCUGGCUCCAUCACCUCCGGCGCCUCGACCUCUCGACCCACACGCCUUCGCUUUUGGCCCUCUCUGCCCGUGCUCGGGCCUAUCUUUCGCCCUUUACAGUCCAUACACGCACACGCACACGCACAUAC